CCUGCUCGAUUCCUUCUUGUCGUCGCGGUGGGUGCUGGUGAUUGAUGGUCGUCGCGUAUUUUAAUAUGUAGUUCCACGGCGCAACAAAAUCACAGUCAAAUCAGACAAGAGUUAUUCCAACCAGAAGAAGAAACUUUUCCUUAUUGGUGCCCCUCCUGCAAGUUUUACCUUUACCAGUGCAAGUGAUUCCGAGGCUAAACGAAAGAAGAAAAAAAAAGUUUUCGAUUUCUGUGCUUCCGGAUUAGCAGCAGUGAAGAAGUUAGUGUGGUGCUGGUUGGUGAUUGUCGCAAAAGCGAAAGUUUCUUUUCCCUAUCGGCCGAGAUUCUCCGCAUCUGCUCGUUGCCGAGCUCUCUUGUCCGUCAUUGCUCGAGUGAAGAACAAGUCACACGGAAGUGUCGAGAAAAGCAGCAAUUUUUGUUGUUGACCAGCUACUACGGGACGGAACGAUGGGCAGAAAACCCCCAUCGCUGUACAACCUGUGCCUGCUGGCGUACGUCAAGAACCUGAACCAUAACGUUGCCAGUCUGGAUCGGGUUGCGGAAUUGCGACUGCUUCCGACUGCCGUCUUGGCCACCGUAUACGAUCAGAUGUGCAACUUUGACGCCCUGAAGGAUAUCCUGCUGGUUCAGCUAACGGAUCUGGAAACCUUCCACCGGCUGAUCAAGCAAGCCUCGCUCAAACAGAUCAUGUUCAAGUGUGUUCAGACGCUGAUGACGGCCCGGCGGCCGAUCGUCACCGAACUGCGCACCAAUUUUUGCCGCGCAACCAGCGUCUACUAUCUGCAGCAUGUCAAUGCCCCCCUGGUGAAGGACGCCAUCGUUGAGCACUAUCUGCACGGGCACCGGGGGGCGGCAGACGGCGACGAUGGCGUCACGCCGGAUGUGUGGCGUUUCGCCGCGUCUUUGAUGGCACAAAUCAACAACGGCGUCCGGCUGGGGUCGUUCCUGUCCGAGUCCGGCUGGCUGGAGGAAUCGUUGCACGUGUUCAACAUCACCCUAAGCAUGAUUCAGCUGCUCAGGACCAGCUACGCGCGGUAUCUGAUCGAGCUGAAUUGCCUUCAAAAAUUGCUUUACGCUCAAACGGCAUUCUGCUGCUUCAAAGAAGCGAGUAUCAGCUGUGCCCAAGCACUAAAUAUUAUCGAUAAACUCACACAGCAGCACCAGCAGCAGUUAAGGCUUCGAAGAUCCGCCGGACACAGUUGUGCCAGCGGUAGUAGAAGCAGCAGCAGCAGCAGCAGUAGCAGAAACAAAUAUAGCAGUACUAGUAGUAGUUUUAGCAGUGAUUAUAAUCCCAGUGAUCCCGGUUGGAAGGCAUCAACCGGCAGUGAUAACGAUAGCCUCAGCGACGUACCAAACAGUUUGCUAGCCAACAUGUACCAGCAGAUUUCGGUGCUGCACUUCUACCGUAGCGAGUACGAUCUUAGCUAUCGAUGGAGUAUCCGGGCGCUGAAGCACAUCAACCGUCACACGCCGGAUAAAAUCGUCGUAGACGUGCUGCGGCAGAUGGCCAAAUCAUGCGUCGUCAAGCGGCAGUUCCAGUCGGCGAGCAUGCUGAUCAAGCAAGCCGUCUGUAGGGCACUGACCAGCUUCGGAACGAACCAUCAAAAGUACGCCGACGCACUGCUCGACUAUGGCUUCUUCCUGCUGAACGUCGAUUCGAUCGCGAACAGUGUUGCCGUCUAUACGGAAGCGCACGAAAUUCUGUGCCGUAUCUUCGGCUCGCGCAAUCUGCACGUUGCCGUGGCACACGAAGACCUUGCGUACUGUCUGUACGUGCUCGAGUACAGUUCGGGGAAGUUCGAUUCGGCUACGGCCAACGUCGAGCGGGCGAUCGACAUCAUGAAGGAACUGGUGCCAUGUAAUCAUCUGAUGCUGGCUUCGGCCAAACGCGUUAAGGCCUUGAUCCUGGAGGAGAUCGCACUGGAUACGAUGGCUUCCACGAUCGAUUACCAUCGUUGUAAAAGUUUGCUGGAUCAAUCGGAAGAGCUUCAUCGGUCAGCGCUGCACCUAUCGCUGGAAGCUUUCGGAGAAAUCAACGUCCAAACCGCAAAACAUUACGGUAACUUGGGUCGACUGUACCAGUCGAUGUCCAAGUUUGAUGACGCCGAACAGAUGCAUAAACGUGCAAUAAAAAUCAAAACGCACAUUCUCGGGCCGUACGAUUACGAGGUGGGUCUUUCCAUCGGACAUCUGGCCUCGCUGUACAACUAUCACAUGCAAAAAUACCAGGAAGCGGAAGAACUGUACUUAAAAAGUAUCGACAUCAGUCUGCGACUGUUCGGCGAAUCGUACUCCGGGCUGGAAUACGACUACCGGGGGCUGAUUCACAUCUACGAAAUCAACGGCGAUCAGAGGCGGUACGAUCAGUACAACAACAUUCUGGACGAAUGGCGGUUACUGCGCGAAGAAAACCACGCCGUGAAGAACAACUUUCCGGCCGACCUAACCGAGGACACCUCGAUGGAAGAGGUAACGCGUAAGUUUUUCGAAAUGUGUUCAAACAGUAGUUGUCUGACCGGGGCCGCCGAUCCGCUGACGAUGGGCGGCCACGACGAGGCACCACCCGACGAUAGCGAAGAAAGCGGGCUUGGCGAAGAAGAACCAACAGCGGCUGCAGCAGCGGCGGCCGAUGUGAACAGCAGCAGUGAAGAACUGCUGCUGCUACCACCAGGACCACCGGCCGGUGCCGGUGUUGCUUCGUCCUCCUCAGCGGCGGCAUCCCCGGCGGAAGAGAUGCUGCGUAGCAUGUGAGCAACGGAUUUCGCCACCGCUUCGCUUUCGUUCGAAUCGAUAGUUAACCGUGUAUUUGGCGCUUUGAAAAAAUGUUUCCCCGUGAUUUGCUGGUUGCGCGUCCCGCUCCGCUCGAAGUAGCUGUAACUUUUGAUAACCACGUUGAAAAUCUUGGGCUCGAUUUAAAUUGCGCAUACCUAUCUUGAUACAUCCGAAUGGUAGGUACCAGAAUAAACGUUGUCGCUUGGAAUGAGGGGAAACGAAGUUGAAUUGAAUUCUACCGUACUACCUACUAAAUCACAAGAUGAGAAUGCUAAAAUUGUCUGAAUAAAUUUGCAGAGUUUUAACUA